GUACGAUCCUUGCCGUCUUUUUUCUUGUCUUUUCCUUGUCACGUGUCGGAGCAUUGAACGCACAAUCUGCUUUGAACUCCCACAGCUGGUUUUCCCCCUCUCAGUGCCGUCGCGGCUUCCGUUCUUCCGGUAAAGAGAACAGCAACGAUUGAGAGAGAUACAAUACCUUCACUAGACAGCACAUGCGCAGAUGGGAGGCCCAAAGGCAGAUGUGACCGCCUUCCAGCUAGCUGCGGAACUCGCCUCCCGUGCGUCGACGUCAGCUUCUGCGGACGGCACACCCACGCACACGAAUCGCUGUACUAGUAGCAGCAGCAUCAACAAUAAAAAUGAAGACAGCAGCGCAGUCCCGGCAAAACGACGCGGUCCGCUGUCGCAGGUGGAUCGCCUCCUCGAUGAUCAACGGCGCCUUGCGCUUCGUGAUGGCACGCCUUACGAUGACUCAGGCCAUCUAAACACGCAGGCACGACCGUCGGUGACGCCGACGACGAUGACGAACACGUUCGCCCUCGCGCAACAGCAGCGCAUGCCGCAGGAGAUGUACGGGCACGCCACAUCUUUUUCUUCCUCUGUCCACGGUGGCAGUGCUGCUGCACUGCAGGAGGCGCUACGUCGCUGGGGUCUCGUGGAGAACGGUCAGGCCGUUGGUGCGUUUGGGAGUCCCACCGGUGCGGAUGCGCGGCCUGGUGGGGCCGGUGGACCGUCGGCUUCAUCGCCGUCGUCGUCCCCGCAGCUUCGGCACACGUGGCGCCUUAUGGAAAUGGAACGACGACAACGGCCUGGCUCGUCGCACAGUUCCGCCGCGCUCCCCACCGCCACCUCUACCGCCACUACGACAUCGUCCACGGCAACCGAUGCGUGGAGUCUGGGCCAGCGAUGGACGAGGUCAGACGAUCUCGUGCGAGCCAAGGCGCUGCAGAACGCGUUGCGAGGCGAGCUGACACAGCGACAAAAGAGUGUAGUCGACGGCCACAGCACAGCAGCCGGCAGCAGUGGGGAUUCCUUUUACGCACGCGGGUUACAGCUGUGUGCGGAGGGGAGUGCGUGGAGCCCGGUCUCGCUGCCCGUCUACUUCGCCACCGCGCCACCGUCCCUGUUGUUCUUCUCCUUUACGGAGGAGGAGUACAGCGCCUUAACGCAACCGCCGCCGCUGCGGCCGUCAUCGGCCUUCACGUUCACCUACGCCCUUUCGUGCUACCUCUUUGAGUUGUGGUCCCGCUUUGGUAACCCGGUGGUGGUGGUGGACAGGUGGGCGUGGGACGCUACGUGCGAAGAACAGCAGCGGCAACAGCAGCGGUCCACAACGUCGUGUGUGGUGUCACGGGGAAUGAUACAAAGCGGCGGUGCCGCUGCUGUCGCCGAUGAUGAAAGGAGAGAACCGUCGGUGCCGUCGGUGGAGCAGGUCUGCGCCGAGUACGCUCGCGUGACCGCUGGUGUGCUGCAGCAGCGCCAACAGCGACUCCUGAACGCCGUCCUCAAGCAGCAGCAGCAGCAGCAGCAGCUAGACCAGCAACCGCAACAUCAAGGCAGCGGGGUGCGAGUGUCGGCCACCGCCACCGCCGCCGUCGCGGCUGCAGCGGCUUGUGCGGUGGACGACGUCGCCGUGAACCGGCACACGCCGUUUGUCGCGUCCUUUGACCGUUACGCGCUGCUGCACUCCGUGAGGGACGAGCCUAAAGGAGAGGCGAAGGACAGCGCUAGAGUUGGAAGUCCCGCGACGCAGCAGCAGCAGCUGUUAUCGUUGACUUCGCAGCCCUCCCCUCCACCCAACGACCCGUACACGGCGUCAUCCUCGACAGCCGCCAUCGGCGCGGUGCGGGCAGAAGGGUCCGCAAUCCCCACCUCGAGUGUCUCUCCUUUGCCGGCUCUCCGCGACCUGUCGGCGGGCCUUCCACCGCAGCAGCGGCUCAUCCAGUGUGCGACCCCGCACCCGUGGUAUCUGCACACCGCGGAGGUGCAGCGACGCACGGAACUGCAGAAGUUGCUGCGUUCCGAGCAGGCCACCAACGUACCCUAUCAGAAGGCGGUGACGACGUACUUGGCCUUGGCGGCAAGCGCAGCGCAGGUACUGCAGCGCGCUUCGUACCUGUUUGACGACCGGGACAGAGCGGAGGUGAUGGCGGGCGAAGCGCGAGGAGCGCAUCCGCGUUCAAAGGGGAGUGCCACGCAAGGGAAGAGCGAAGACGACGGCGACGAUGGGCGCAUCGGUGACGCUCCUCCUCCGUCCGAUGCACCACCAGCGUUCAGCACGGUGGAAGAAGGGUUUGUCCCUCCUCCGCGCGAAGCUUUCACGGUCCAUCUCCAGCCGCUUCCUAACGUCGAUCCUGCGGCGUGGAAGGCGGCAGAGGCGGCGCUGCGCAAGGCGGCAGUCGAGGUGCUCGGCACUGCCGCCCUUCGGUUGCCCUCCGGCGCGGGGCAGCACAGGCCUCAUCUAUCGCGCCGAGGCAAGCGUUCUCGCAGUAGCGCGCCCCGCCAAGCCUCCAAGCGGGCGAAGCGACACAACGAGGAAAGCGCCAGAGCCGCAACUGCAAUCACAGCUAAAAGACAGCACGACGGUGCAGCAGUCAAGAGGGAAGCAAAGGACGUUGACAGCGGUGGAGAUGGCGAUGACGGGGAUGGCGGGCGACUAGCUCGUGGCAGCAGCGAAUCCUCUGUGUCAUCCAACAACGGCACGGACGACUCCGAAGGAGACGAGGAGGCGGAUGAAGAGGAAGACACGUUGAGCGGAGGCAGCGAUCAAGACGACGACGAUGACGAGGCGGCGGCAACGCACCCUUCACAGGAGCACAGCGCGUUGAGCGAAGACCUCGUCGCUGAAGACGAAGAUGACGAGGAUGAUGAUGAUGUUCGCGCUGUUGACGAAGCUUCCGAACAGACGCAGCAGCAACAGCGGCAACGCCGCGGCAGGGGUAAGAAGGUAAAACGGUCUCCCAAAGGGUCUCUCUCCUCCGGACCUACCUAUCGCGCGCUUCAGGCGUACCUGACGGACGUCAUUCCUUUCCGCUGCACUCGCAUGCGACUCGCGGCCCAGGCGGGUUGGCUGCUGCCAACUCCGCCGCCGCUCCCGCACUCGCUGACGAACCCGCUGAGCGAACGCGAGGUGGUGGUAGUGGACGUCCACGCGGCGCUACAUCAGUCGCCCUAUACCCCACGUGAAGCACAACCUUCUGAUGGUGCUGCUGCUGAUGAUGCUGAUGGCGAUGGUGCUGAUAAACGCAGUGUGCAGAGCACGGAGCACAGCAAUGCGUCGCGCAAAGCUGCGGCGGUCUUCUCCAACUCCUCCACCGCUUCAGUCGCCUGCGCGGAAGCGACUCGCAGCCCCAACAAACACGAGGAAAGUCUAUACCAGCCGAUUCUGACAGAGGAAGACUAUCAGCAACUACGAAAGAUGAGCACCUCCGCGGUGUGCAACCGAGUCGUGAGUCACACCGGUGAGGCGGUGCUCUUGUCGCUGCCCCCGGCCUUCCCCAAGGUGCACCGCGAGGUGGAGCAGGAGUUAGAGCGCUACUUGUACGACGACACGUCCGCCAUGAUGGAGGUGAACGCGACGGCGCAGUCGCUCCUGGCGGAGAUACGAGUCGCCUACACCCAAAACACGCACCUGCAGCGCUACACGGCCCGCGUAGAGCACGUGGUGGAGAGCUUGAAGAAGGUGGAGCAGGAAGGCAGAGAGGCGGGGAGGACCGCUGGUGCGGGUGCGGGGUGA